UUUUAGAAUUUUUCAGCUUUUGUCCUUCUAUACAAUACAGUUGACAUAGUUGGUAAUCUUACUGAUAAGAGUUACACAGCUAAAUGUACUUGGCGAUUACUUUGAAUUUAUCGAGGAUGGGGUUUCCACUUCUGAACUUCGUUUUCUAUUUGUCCAUAGCUAGAACAUCUUUAUGUGCUUCAGAAGGUUGGUUUUUACACGUGACGGACUUUCAUUGGGACAGCACGUACACCAGCAGGGAUUUGUCUUGCAAUGGCGUUGUGAAUACUCACGGCGUCUAUGGUGAUUAUUGGUGCGAUUCUCCAUAUUCACUUAUUGACGUCACGAUCAAAGCCAUGAAAAAUGCGACGUUGGAUAAAACUGUGGAUUUCAUGCUAUGGACAGGUGAUAGCGUGCUCCAUACAGGCGAUGAACACCUAAGCUUAGACAACAAUGUAGGGAUCCUUCAAAAUUUGACUGCUCACCUGCAACAGACGUUUCCCACCAUGGAUGUGUAUGCAACUUACGGUAACCACGAUUAUUACCCGAAUGGACAGUACCCACCUCAUAACAAUGAAAUCUACAACAGGACGCUGGAGCACUGGAGGACCUGGAUUAAUGACAGCACUCAGGAAGCCACGUUCUUAAAAGGUGCAUACUACACAUUGAAGACAAAGUACGGAAUCAGAAUCCUGGCCCUCAACACCAAUCUUUACUACACAUCAGACAAAGUCACUACUCACAUGGACGAUCCGGCGGAUCAAUUCGUUUGGAUGAAGAAUAUUCUGCAGCAAUCGAGAAGAGACAGUGAAAAAGUUUUGAUCACCGGGCAUGUGCCGCCAGGGGUUGCUGCGGAAGGUGGUAAAACGUGGUUUUAUCAACACUUCAACAUUCACAUGCUGCACAUUCUACAUCAGUAUAGUGAUGUAAUAAUAGGACUUCAUUUUGGACAUGAACAUGCGGAUACAUUCAGAAUGUUUUAUGACCAUUCUGGGCGACCAGUGAUGACUAUGUACAUCGCCCCCUCUGUCACUCCAUGGCGAUACAAGACUUCUGCAACAACGGGACCAAAGCACAACCCAUCCUUCCGACUGAUCAAGUAUGACAGAAUAACAGGCAGGCAUUUAGACUUGGUUCAAUAUUACAUGGAUCUACCAGAAAGUAAUAAGCACAACAGGGCUAUUUGGAACGUUGCAUAUAUUGCCACUAGAGACAUGAAAAUCCCAGAUAUAUCUCCAUCAUCUAUGGAUGAUUUCGCAAAUAGAACCAAAAAUCCCACGAGCCAAGAGUUCCAGAACCACCUGAAAUGGCGAAACGCCAACGCGGAAGUGAUGCCAUGCGAUGCUUUGUGUCAUUCGUUACUUUUCUGCAAUUUUAUGAAGCUACAGGAACGUGAUUUCAAAGUUUGCCUUAGAGACACUCAACACUAUACAGCGACAUUGGCUUUUGGGAAGAGAAAGUAAUACACUAUUUCAGUGUUGAUAGAAGUUAUUGUGCAUAACAUAAAAUGAUUUACAAAACCUGUA